CUCCCUGCUUAUUCAGAGCUGGGACACACACACACACACACACACACACACCCCGCAUACAACUUUCUGUCGAGUCAUCGAGACAGACGCGCACCUCCGCUCCGGGUCCACUCUGCUCCCUCGUCCGCCCGGACAGGACCGUCGUGUCGGGGAUGUCUGUGAAGGAUGAACGGCGAGCGCCGAGCGGAGGUCAGGGCACCGAGACGAUCCGCGUUGCCGUCAAAAGUCUCACGGGGAGCCAGGACUUCACCGUGCGGUGCGACUGCACCGUCGGACAGGUGGCUGAGACGGGGUCUCUCGGAUCGUCCGGGGGCCUCAGCAGAGCAGCUGCUCCUGAUCCACUCCGGCCGCGUCCUCGGAGACUCGGACAUCCUGAGUCACCUGAAAGGGCUGAGCGAGUCGGUCAGCAUCUGCAUGGUCCGGAGGCCUCCGUGUUCGUCUGCUGUGCCCACCGGUGAUCCAGUCUCCGGAGAGACGGUCCAGACGGAGCUGGCGGAUGUUCAUGAUGACCUCAUACCAUCUCCCACCUCGCCCCUCUGUCUGGAUCUUGGUCCCGUAGUGGGAGGUCUGGACAGUCUUGGCCUAGCGACACUCGCACCUGGCUUCUUCCCUGCACUGCAGCACCAGAUGGAGAAGCAGCUGUUGGAUGACCCGGUGGUGAUGCGCCGCGUCCUGGGCAGCCCCCUGGUGCAGAGCACCCUCUCCACCUCCAGCCCCCAAAUAACCAGACAGCUCAUUGUGUCUAAUCCCCAAAUCCAGCAGCUCCUCGAGACGAAUGCAGAAGUGGGGGACAUGCUCAACAACACAGACAUCAUCACACAGGUGCUGGAGCUCGUCAGGAACCCUGACAUGAUAGAGGAAGUUUUGCAAAAUGAAGACGGAGCAAUAGACGCGUUGAAACCAAAGCAGGAAAAACCUCAACGCAUCACUGGGGACUUUGGUGGCCUUCAGACGACUGAAGCAAAAAUACAGGAACAUGGUCUCAAACUAUCACAGACAGGAGGACCCAGUGUGGCGACCAUCUCAUCUGGAAAUCAACAGACAGCUAAAGGAGAAAGAGACCUUCACUCCACAGAUCCUCUCAGGGGACUGGCUGCCACGCCCACAGCUGAUACAAACCCUCCGAGCACGGUCACUGCAGGUAUGCAGUCCCUGCUGGAGGAGAUCACGGCCAGUCCGGGUCUGAUGGAGAGCCUGCUCUCCGGGCCGUACGUCGGCAGCCUCCUGAACUGCCUCAGCCAGAACCCCGACCUGGCUGCACAGAUGCUGUUGAGCCAUCCUUUGUUCACAGGGAAUCCUCAGCUGCAGCAGGAGAUGAGACAACAGCUCCCUCUCUUCCUGCAACAGAUGCAGAGUCCGGAGCUGCUGUCAGCCAUGUUGAACACCAGAGCCAUGGAGGCUCUGCUACAGAUCCAGCAGGGCCUGCAGACUCUGGCUGCAGAGGUUCCCACACUCAUACCUGCGGCUGGACUCUGUGACACCGGAGCCAGUGUUAAUGUUGCCCCCGAGCUCGCAUCAAACUCUGUCCUGGACAGCCACUCAGGAAAGUGUCCUCAGGUUGCCACGGUGACAGAGCAGCAGCAGCAGUUUGUACAACAGAUGCUACAGGCUCUAGCUUACACCAACAAUGGGGUCCAUCGCGAGGAGGCUGAGUUCCAGGAAGAACUGGAGCACCUGAGCUCGAUGGGCUUCAGUGACAGACGGGCAAACCUUCAGGCUCUCAUCAGCACCGGAGGAGACCUCACCACUGCUAUACAACAUCUGCACAGUGUCUGACGCACACACACACACACACACACACACACACACACACACACACACACACACUGAUCUGUGUAGAUCCUACUGUGCAUGCAGUGAAUGUGACAUUUGCAGAUAAGCACCUACAUUCAAACAUAAUUAAACUAAAAAAGUAUCAACAUUUCAAAAGUGCUUGCAAGCCAUAUUUUAUUGCUAUAUUCACUUCCCUUAAUAACCUAUAGCUGCAGUGGUUAAGUGCUGUAUAUUCAGUCCUGACAUUAAACCUCACAAAAAUUGCUGAACAGAUAAUAAAUCCUCGUACACAUAACUUCCCUUUGUCAUUCCAGGCAAGCGCUUUGUGUUCAUAUAGAGUAGAAUCAAAAGAAUAGAAUCACUUUCACUCUGUCAGUGUCAGUUUAAGUUCUUCACAUGGUCACAGACAUUGGUCAUGUAUUAUCAAUCUCUGUGCAAAUACACUAUGAAGCUCUGGCCUUUUUUUCUCUUGCCACCUGGAUGGAGUUUAAUAAAAUCUUUCAACACCCAGACGCAGUCAGACGGGGAUCCACAUUCUCCACAGUCCACAGAUAAUAUUGUACCCAGAGUUGGUGUAGGGGUCGAGAGCAUCACCUGGCAGUCUCAAUAAAGACGCUGAAGUCAAACACAAA